CAGCGUGUUCCUCCACGGCAAAGUUGACUCACGGACUGUAACAGGACACCAGCUGGAGAAGUGCGUCCUCGAAGUAGUGCGAGCUGAAGAACACUGAGCACUGAGACUUAAAGUUAAAGCCUAAGAAAGCGAAGAGAGAAACAGUCACCAUGAAGUCUCACCUGAGGAUUGUUUUACUUAUUUUUCUCGUUGCAGGGACUUUAGGAGACGACGGAUUUAACCUAUUAGAUGCCCUCGGUGAUCCAGAACCAACACCUCCAAAACCUACGGAGAAACCAAAGGCCCCGGAGCAGCCUAAAAAUGAUGGUGGGCUGGACCUUCUAGACGCAUUUGGACCAGACGAGCCAGCUGCAACUGUGAAGCCAAAGAAUCCAAGUUCUGGUGACACUGGUGGCUUCGGAUUUAAUCUGGACGAUGCAUUGGGUCCAGACUCCAACCCCAAACCUGACAAACCUGCUGUCAACCCACCAAAUAGUGGAGGAGGAGGUGGAGCACUUGAUAACAACGACCUGCUCGAUGUUAUUGGUGGGGAUUACAAGCCUGAUGGAGGCCACUCAGCUGGAGGCCAUGCAGAGGACCCGGGCUAUGAUCCUCACGGUGGUGCCGAUCAACCUCAAGAUCCAGACCUUCCGUGGGGCCAAAUCCUGAAGAUGCUAAAUGCUAACAUGCCAGAGGAAUUCUAUAUGUGGAUGUCCAACUUAAAGCAAAACUUAAUGACCCUGUUAGAGAGGGCCAUGAAUCUUCUCCAAGCUAUACCAUGAGCCAUUGGUCCAUUUAUGUUCUGACUGGCUUUCCGAUCUGAGGUUGCUGUUGAUGAGUGAUUUACUAGUGAGUUACAAAUGUCUGUUGGAUUGGAUGUAAAAAUAUAUCAGGGAGUUUGUAAAGCCAGGAAUCAAAGAGGUGAUGAAAGUUUUCUCAUUUUUUGUUCCUAACAUUUGGAAUUCCAUGGUUGUGGGGUGCGCCCCUGUGUGCUUAAGCUUAAAGUACUUCAACUGGAGCUCUGGUGCUCCUCCACAAUUACAGGGAGUGGACAAAAUAACAGAAAUACUUUGGUAAUUUGGUAAUGUGUGAAAGGGAACCUCAAGUCCAGAUCCAAUCCCCCCGGUCAUCCUCUGGAGGAUGUUUAAAAACGGCCACUGACUGUUUCACAAAGUGGUUUAACUGCAGACUUAUACGGGAAAGGAGGCCCUAGGAUAUAUUUAUUAUAAAAAUAAAGUGUAUAUAUGACUUAUCUAGUGAAGUUGCAGAUCACAAGGACCAAUAAUUGGCACUGCAUGUAAUCCACAUUCUGUUUUCCAGGAGUAUUCAAAUUGCAUGGGGGCCGAUGUUCCAACAUACAUGCACAGUGUAUAUACAGUGCAUAUGGAAACUAGCCCUACAAUUAAAUUCAGGUUUGUUGUAAAUGAGAUGUUUCUAUUAAUUUGUCCACCCCUUUGACAGUGAAAGAGACCUUGAGGUGUUUUUAUAUUUCUGUGAUUAGACUCUCUUCAAGAGCUCUUUCUGUCUUUCCGACUCGGCUCAGUUGUUGUCAAAGUUUACAGAGAGCCACGCUAACUGCUGAGCCACCAUCAGGUUAAAACUAUGCAGCACUGCAAGUACUAUAUAGUACUGAGUUUGGGUGUGUAUGCUUUCCUUUUUUUUCCCUUCAUCUCUACACCCUGCUCUCUGCCAUGACUCAUUCAUGUGUUGCUGUUAGACACCUUUAUUCCUAAGGUGGAGUUUGAACUCCUGUUACCUACAACAUCUAUUUGAAUGGGCUAUUUUUUGUUUUUAUGAUGGGAGGCCAUAUUCCUGGUAUUUUAUUACCACUAAACAAGUUCAUAUGUCAGGAAAUGAAGACAGCACUGUUCCCAGAUGCCAGCUCUGUUUUGUUCAGUUUUGAGAUUUCAAAAUUCACUCAAAAGCAAAUAUAUUUGAUUCGUAUGUUGUGGCUUUGUGAAUGUUUUUUUCCGCCCUGCCUUUCUUGGCAUGUGUGGCUACUACCUUUGCACUCACUGUCAAUUCAAAGUCAGCAUACAGUCUUAGCAUUCCCAGCAGUCAGCUAAGAAAUCCAAGAUGUAGUGUUGUAAACCUGUUCCUCUUAUGUUUCUUCUUCUCAUCAUCUUUGGAUAAUGUUUAAUUUGAGAUAUUUUAGCACAUGAUGGUUUUUUUUCCCCUUUUGGUACUUUGUAGCUUAUGAAUAGUUCUUUUUGUAUUUCGGUAACUGGCAGAUAUUUAUUUUUGGUGGGUUCUUUGUAAAUCCUUUCGUAAGUUCGCCUUGAGUCUUUAUAGGAUUUGCAACUUUGAUGUGUAACAAAGUGACGA